GGCGGGGGGGGGGGGUUGGUGGCAACUGCUGGAGGAUCCAGUAGCCCCAAAAGCAAGGGAGAGGAGGGACGUGCUCCGGGGCUCCCCCUAGCGCAGAGGCCCCCGAGGCUGCCCUGCUUGGUUUGCUCUCCAUCCCUGAGUCCGCUUGGCCAACAGGCACGCACCUGGCCCUGGGGGACUAUUUACUUCAGGAAGUGGGAGGCCUGUCCCACAGAUGUGCAGCCAUUCUGUGUGUUGUGACCCCACAAGGAGGCUGGCUAAGGAGGCCUCAUGAAGGUUUGGGGGCCCCAAUGCUUGAGAGUGCCAGCCAACGGGGCUCACAAAAGCUGGCAGGACUCAAGCAGGGCUAGCUGGUAUCUGGAAGGAUGGUUCCUGGGGGAAACUAAGCACAAGGCUGGAUCCUACCGGAGGCUGAAGCAGAUGACAGGCCUGGGUCAGCUCUGAGGGUAGCUCAGCUUUACAGCCAGGCUGGCAUGGAGGGCUGACUGGCUGGGGUGGGGCGGUGGGGUGGGGGGGAGCUGAGACCUGAGAGUAAUGAGGAUUUUUUUUAAGCUCACCUCCCACUUGGGUCUGCAGGGCCUGGCAGACUCUGCCCCCUGGUGGCCAUCAGAAGUCAUGGCUCAGGCCUCCUGUUUUCAGAUGGACCAUCAACCCUAAUAAUCUGGCUUCUAAGAGACAUUAGUGAUUAGAAAAGAGGGCACAAGUGGUCCAGAAUAGAAAAGUCAGAGGCGCAAGUUGCAUAGGCCUUGCCGUCAUUAGAUAACCCUCAGAGUGACCAUCAGAUGCUCUUAAUUAUUCUCCAGGCCUUUGCUUCCUCCUCUGUUGCAUGGAAUGAAAGCUGGAUGUGGGACCCUUCUCCAGCCAAUCCUGGCAGCUCAGGCCUACAGCACAGAGCAGGAAGGCUCUGGAAAACAGGUCCCCUCUAGGCACAGUUAUGUGGCUCUGCCCUUGUGAUCUUAGACUAAUCUGUGGCCUUCUUCUAGUCCUGUGUGCUAAUCUGGAAAAACGAAAUUAAACCAUUUACCUCGUGUGAAGUUGUGAAAGAGGAAAUCGCUCCAUUUUACACAUAAGUAAGGUUCUUAGUGCAACUGCUUCUUUUGAGUCUAGCUACCCAAACCUCCUAGCUUGGAGACACUGAGGUGGAAGGAUGACCUCCCCAAAACAGAAAUCAUCCCUCAGUUUGUGAACUCCAUCAAGAGGAGGGUGGGGGAACAUGUCAACAGAGGCUGAUGGGAACUCCUGAUGUUCAUAGAGAUGGAACUUGGAUUUGGAGACCACACAGCUUGGAGACCCCACUGUCCCUGGCCUAAUCGACAGCCUGCCCUGUGGCCAACCCUGGCAGCCCUGGCUCUGCUGAGCAGCGUCACGGAGGCCUCUCUGGACCCUGCACCCCGCAGCCCUGCCGCCCGCGAAGGCCCCGCGCCCGUGCUGGCGCCCCCCACGGGUCCCCUCCCGGGUAGGGGGACGCUCGGCGCAUUGGUGCGGCAGCGCAAGAACCCGGCGGCCGCCGCCACGGUCUCCGCAACCUGCGCCACCGCCGCCCGAGUCCCCGCCGCGGUCACUGCCCGCGGCCCCCCGAGAGGGCCGCGCGGCGCGCGCGGAGCCCCGGGAGGGCCGGCCGGCGGCGGCGGGGGCGCGGAGCUGCCGCCUGCGCUCGCAGCUGGUGCCGGUGCGCGCGCUCGGCCUGGGCCACAGCUCGGACGAGCUGGUGCGGUUCCGCUUCUGCAGCGGCUCCUGCCGCCGCGCGCGCUCCCCGCACGACCUGAGCCUGGCCAGCCUGCUGGACGCCGGCGCCCUGCGGCCGCCCCCCGGCUCCCGGCCGCUCAGCCAGCCCUGCUGCCGGCCCACUCGCUACGAGGCCGUCUCCUUCAUGGACGUGAACAGCACCUGGAGGACCGUGGACCGCCUUUCCGCCACCGCCUGCGGCUGCCUGGGCUGAGAACGCGCGCUCCACCCGCAUCUCUGCCCGGCCUGGGGUCCCGACUCCCCCGGGCCAUCAGCUAGAGAUGCGAGGCCGCUGAGAUGAAGGGCCAAGGGCCCUGCCGCCGAUCCCAGCCCUGCGGACACCCGAGACCGCACCUAUGGAGACCGAAGGGCGGACUUCUCCCAGCCGCUGGCACGGGUCAUCCUCUGGAGAAUCCAGCCACGGCUCCAGGCCCUAAGGAACAGAAUUUCCAGGAGACACAUUGCAGUCACAUGGCUGAAAAGCGCCUUGUGCUGGAGCUUGUACUU